AUGGCGUCCCAAGCCAGCGUCGCAAGCAGCCAGCCCGACCAGCGACACCUCCGCCUCAUCGCGGCCUCGGCCCAGGCCAACGAGGCGCGCGUACGCGACAUCCUCGCCGAGGACCCCCCCUGGACCUCCAACAGCGACCACGACGCGCUGCGCCAGGCCCUGCAGAAGGUCGCCGCGCGCGGCAAGCUCUCGAUCGUGCGCCUGCUGUUCGAGCACGGCGCCGACGCCAACGCGAAGCGCGACUCCGCCGAGGUGCCCGCCCUCGUCAAGGCCGCCGAGGCCGGCCAUGCCAACGUGGUAGCGGAGCUGCUGGCGCACGACGCGGACGCGAACGCGCGAAACCGCGGCGGGCAGUCGGCGCUCGUUAGCGCGUGCAUUCGCGGGCACGACAGGGUCGUCGAGGCCUUGCUGGACGCCGGCGCCGACGUCGAGGCCCAGGACAGGGAGGGCAGGUCGCCGCUGCUGUUCCUGGCCUCUGAGAAGCAGUUGCAGGGCAGCAGCAAGAGCCCGCGGUGGACGCUGCAGACGCUGAUGCUGCUUUUGAGUAGAGGCGCGGAUCUUGAGGUCCGCGACCAGAUUGGCCGCACGCCGCUGCUGUGGGCGGCGACGAAUGGCAAUGUCGAGCUUGCGCGCGUGCUGCUGGAGAACGGCGCGAGCCUGGCUGCUACGAAUAACCGCGGCCGCACGGCGCUGCAUCUCGCGGCUGAGAGCAACGACAAGGAGCACCGCGAGGAGAUGGUCCGGCAGCUCCUGAGCCACGGCGCUGAUCCGGGUGCCGUCUCCGAUGGAGGUUGGCGACCGCUUCACAACGCGGCUCAGAGUGGUCAUUUUGCUGUUGUCGCGCUGCUGCUCGAGGCUAACGCGAACGUGAAUGCCGAACUCUCGAACGGCAUGACCCCCCUGCAUUGGGCGGCGUUUAAUGGUUCUGAGGAUAUUGUCAAGCUCCUCCUGACGCGGCCUGACGUCAACCUCUCCAUCAAGGACGGCUUCGACCGCACGCCCAUGCUCUGCGCCGCCGAGAAGAACCAUCCUGAGAUCGUGCAGCUGCUGUCGCCCGCCCGGGCCGCGAACCGGCUGUCGCCGCUCGAGGAGACGGCGUGCAAGGCCUUCGAGGCGACCGUCGUCGACUUUGGCCAGUUCGAGAAGAAGCAGCUCGUGACCAAGCACUCGGUCUACGAGCUGCUGUACGGCUGGGACUACGAGAACGACAGGCCCAAGGUCUCGACCGUGACUAAGAAUAUCAAGUACAAGCCUGACUUCAGGUGGAUUCAUCUCCCUGCCAAUAAUAUUGCUUGGGUUGAGACCCUCCUUGCAAAGUCCUUCAUCGAGGCCGGCCACCGCGACGUCGAGUCCUACAAGGCACUAGAGAAAUGCUUCGACCAAGAGCACCGGGGCCCAUUUGCCCACGCGCACUUCAUGCGCACAUUCUGCCAUCGGAUCUCCUCGCCGCGCAGCGAUCAGGCAUCCGACAACAACAGAAAAGAAGACAAGCCCCUGACGACGCUCUCGGAGGAGCCCUCGGAGGCCAGCCUGAUCACAAAGUCAAGGGAGAGCCUCACGGAUAUCGCCUCCUCCACCCCCAAGAAGCAGCAGCAAGCAGCAGGCGAUAAUGUGGAAGGUGGUGCGGCCGGGACGCCGUUGACGAGAUCUGAGUCCAAGAAGAAAUCCAAAUCGGAACAGCUCGCCGAGCGGCACCCGAAGCGCCAGAAGCGUGCGCGAGGCCCGCCGGGAAAUCCGCCGCUGAGGCAGGAUAACAGUACCAGUAGUGGCAGCGGCAAGUUCGCGACGCCGCUGCCGUGGGAUACGCCGCGGUUUGCGGCUUCGAACGGGAAGAUCGUGUUAUUCAUGCCGUUCCUGCACUACGAGACCGACGAGCGGCGGCGCAAGAUGAGCUCCGCCAUUAAGUGCGUGCGCGAGGGCCGGCGGCUCGUCGAGAAGACCUCCCGGGACUCGCUGCUCGUGAAUGCCUACCUGAACAGCACGCCGCCGCUGCACCCGCGGCGGACGCUGGACCAGUUCUUCUACCAUGGGAUCGAUACCUCGGCGAGGGACACGGACCAGGUCGUGUAUCGGUAUUGCAAGAGGCAUAGUAUUGAGACUAAGGUGUUCAUGGUGGACCAGCUUUGGCUGUGGAUCAUCGGGAAGGACCUUGUCAUCACAUGCUUCCCCCAGCGCUGGGACCAGCCGAAACACGACCCCCUGAACGUCCUCGACGGCAUCAUCGAGGAGACGAACGCCAAGACCCGCCCGCCCAUCGAAUCUGUCUACGAUCUCGCCAUGCUGAUCACGAGCCGGUGCUCGGGCAUGUUUGACCGGCAUCGCCUGGACGAUCAGAACUAUCAGUUUCUGGACAUGUUUGAGAAUAGUAUUGGUGUGGUCACGGAUCGCGAGAGUCGCCUUUUUAGCCGGUUUAAUCGCGCUUCGGCGCAGUCGGCGCAGUGGCUGCUGCAGCAUCGGCGUGGAAGGCUGGGACGCCGGCCGGCGAGGCUGGGGGGCGGGGGGUGGUAUCCUGAUGAGGAGAGUGAGGAGGGUGAUGAUGCUGAGGGGGGGGAUGAGCAUGGACAUAGCGCGCGCGACCAGUUCCCCGACGCCCUUCUCGACAUCGGCGUCGAAACAUCGCUACUCGCCGAGAUAAAGGACAUCCGCGACGAGCUCUCCAUCAUCGCCGUGAUCCUUGACGCGCAGCUAUCCACCGUAACGGACCUCGAAGCCUUCGUAACCGAAGAACUGCGGGCCGAGGGCUCGCGCCGCACCACCGACGCCGUGGUAGCCGAGAUCCGUCGACGCGCCCGCGAACAGCGCCGCGGACUCGAAGUCCGCCAGAAAGACGUCUGGCGCAUGGACACUCAAGCCCAAUCGCUCUACAUGUCGCUCACGGACCUGCUGGACCUGAAGCAGAAGCACAGCAACGCGCUCGAGGCGCGCUUCGCGGGCGACCAGGCUGUUAUUGCUGCUAAGCAGGGGCAGACGGUUAUGGUUUUUACUAUAGUUACGAUUGUGUUCUUGCCCAUGUCGUUCAUUGCUGCUUUUUUCGCUAUCAAUUUGAGGGAUUGGGAGGAGGUGGGAGGGGAGGGGGGCGGGUUGACGGUGGCGUAUGUGAGUGGUGAUCACGACGAGGCACGCUUCCCCCAGGAAAAGACCGAGAUCAUACCGCCCAAAAUCUCGCUCUCGUCCUCGCGGCGGGGCGAGUACGCCUCAGUCACCAGGGGCGAUCCCAUGCGUCCACUCGACGGCUACACGCAUGCCCGGCAGCACAUGCGCCCACAAACACACAGUCACGACGAGCGUAACGCGGGCGUCUCGGGACGCAGCAAGGUCAGCUUCGGCAGUGGGAAUGGGAACGCGAACGCGGUGGCUUGGGCUCGACCUAGUUUUGAGAGGGGCCGGGGACGUAGGAUGAGUGAAGAUUUGGAGAGGGGGGGUGAUGGUGUGAUGAGGGGUGGGGGGAUUUUGGGGGAGUGGCGGGUUUGA